CUUUCCUUGCCCCUGAAGCUCCUGAUGAAACAAUAGUUGGGAAGUUGUUUGUCAGCUGUUUCUUGGAGAUCACUGCAAUCCCUCCUGGCCACUGGAGAAGAAGAGAAGAAGAUCUUAGCUCUGUAGACUCCCCCUCUGAUUGGUUACCUCACUUCAGGUUCCCCCUCCUCCUUCUGACUCUCCUCUCUCUCUUUUUCUCCUUUACAACUAAAGCUCUACAUAGUGUCUUCAGGCUUACCUGAGCCACAGCUGCAGGAACACUGGACCCCCUCCUCCACACACACACGCACGCACACACACGCACACACACACACACAUAGACACACACCCUGCCAUCAUAUUCACUCUGUCUCGCUCGCACACACACAGACACACGCACACGCACGCACACACACACACACACACACACACACACCGAUAGCUUUUCACCUGGAGAGUGCAGACAUACUGGACGGCAUGUGCAACAGCAGUUUCUCUUCACAUGAGCCUCUUUGAGUUGACUCCUUCUGGAUUGUGGAGGACAACUCUGAGGACGGACUAUUGAGCUAUUUGUCUAAAGGACUCAGAUACGGGCGCACCAGAGCCAACGCACAGCAUGAUUUUGGGAGGUAUAAAUCGUGCCGGGGCAGCGGUGCCAACAUUCUUGCGCACCCCAACGGUGAUCCAGCCCCACUUGGACAUGAAGCCCUUCUUGCAGUUUCCUAUGGAUACUCCUCCUCCGCACAACAUGAGCCUCUUCCACAACUUCAACACAAUGGACCCAGUGCAGAAGGCUGUGAUCAACCACACCUUCGGAGUUCCACUGGUCAAGACCAAGCGGCCGAUCAUUUCCUGUAACGUCUGCCAGAUCCGUUUCAACUCAGAGAGCCAAGCAGAAGCCCAUUACAAAGGAAACCGCCAUGCCAGGAGAGUCAAAGGCAUUGAGACCUCCAAGAGUCGCUGUCAAGAUGGGGAUAAGCCCUCACAUACUGUGACCCCCACCGCCUCCCCAUCUCCUCCUGGAGCCCUGGGCAAUGCCACUGAUAGUGAGUCCUGUAAACAAGAAGAAACACUAUCACUGUUAAAUGGGCCCCAGCUGGCGCCGGGACCUCUGGCCCCUCUGAUCACCCCACCUACCCCACCCAUGGACUCCCCCUCUGUAUGCCCCGUCUUGCCCACUUCCACACCUCCCAUUAGCUCCACUUCUUCCUCCUCACCAAGCUGCAGCCUCCCCAACUCAGAGCAGUUGGCCACCGGCAGUCCACCAAGCCCAGAAACAGAGGAGGACAAAGCAAAGAAGCUGCUUUACUGCUCCUUGUGCAAGGUGGCAGUCAAUUCCUUGUCACAACUGGAAGCUCACAACAAAGGUACCAAACACAAAACCAUCUUGGAAGCACGAAGCGGGCUGGGCCCCAUCAAGGCAUAUCCACGCCUUGGCCCCAAGCCUAGUGGGGAACAGGGAUGCGGGCCGGUGGACCCAAACACUCAGGAAAGAACCUUCCACUGUGAGAUCUGCAAUGUGCGGGUCAAUUCUGAACUCCAGCUCAAACAGCACAUAUCAAGUCGAAGGCACCGGGACGGCAUGGCAGGCAAACCAAAUCCCCUCCUCAGCCGGCACAAGAAACACAGGGGAGCUGAUCUGACGUCUUCUCUGAACUUCUCCAAGGAUCUCACCAAAGCUUUGGGGGCAGGACUGCUGCCCAGUCCCUUGGCUGUUGCCGCAGCAAUGGCUGCUGCCGCUUCCACGAACCCGCUGGCUCUCCGUGCGGCGGCUGCUGCGCCACACCCCCACCACCAUCUACUGCAAGGACCGCCUCUCAGUCACGCCAUCCUGAGACCCGCCCCUGGGCCCAUCCGCACCACCCACGGACCCAUCCUCUUUUCCCCUUACUGAUACAUCACACCUUCUGACUUGGGCCUGGUUGGGAUCAGCCACUCCAAAAGCACACUGUGAAGAUACAAACAUGAUCCACAGACAGCAACUGAUCCAAACUUAUUUAAAUAUUUACUGGGAGGGGGGGUCAAUGGCAAGAAGUACAACUUUAAGGCUCUCAUAUUUCCCUUUACCUGAAACUCUUCCUUCAUUUCAGAGACUUGUGAGGGACCUGCCGAUGGAAUGGGCAGAGGACAGAUAAUCAUUAUCCAUUGAACACCCUUGUACAUCCUGUCACUGUGGCCCAGCCUAUCAUGGUUGCCAUAUUAGCUACAGAAAACACACAUGCACACCAUCAAAUCCACACGUAUCUUGGCCAUAUCAUUAUUCUUCUGCCACCAUAAAAAAUAAAUGUGCUCUUCUCAUCCUAUGCACUUCAAAAAACAAAGACGAUGACGUUUCGUCGGUAGUGUAGCUUUGUGGCCACCACAUGUACUAGUGGUGGUUUUGAAGCACUGCAUAUGACCCACAACUCUUCUCUAAUGUGAGUAAUAUCUGCCACCAAGCAGGUGACCUGAGAAAGUGAGGUGAGAAGAGAGUUAGCACGAGUCAUUGGAUGGCUUGACUUUGGGGAAGCAUGCAGAAAGACACACAGGCUUGGACAAAUCUGUGUUUUAAAAUAGAUUGUAGCGACCAAAACAUUUCCACUGGGCAUAUCUGCCAACCUAGUAACAGCAGAGAGGACAGCCUCACCAAGGCCAAAAAAAAGAGUCGUUUGGGACAUACAGUAGAACCAUCAGUGUUCAUAUGAUGCUGGUUGACUUCGUAGAUGACAUGUUGAGCUUGUAUACUGUAUAAGUCAUUGAUAUGCAGCAUGAUUGGUUCAGAAGUCGUAAACAAAACAUGUUUUAAGAGCAGUGAAUACUGUAUGUACAACCUCAUCCGGUCAUUUUCAAACUAGCCAUUUGCCCAGCGCUUUUGACUAUAUGCUAUUUAAAGUAUCUAAUGAAUUUCAUAACUCAUAUUGUAUGAAGCAGCCAAGUUCCAUUUCUGCUUCUAUGUUCUAUUUCCAAAAAUAUUUAUUUAUCCUCCCUAUGAUACAAAUUUGAAGGUUCCACUGUCCUGGAACUGCUGUAUUGGCUGCAUGAUCCCUGCAAAUACUGCACCUUGGGGAGAGUUCACAUCAGGCUUUCAAAAAAAAAAAGACAUCUCACUCACCUUACAUGAACCCAGGUCUUCAAUCAUUGAUUCACACUGUGGGUGGUGAGGUUCCACCUUGUGUGUGCUUAUGUAACCAAGCUGUUCCUGUACGCAACCUCACAUUUAGGUCCUGCAGGGUCAAACUUCUUUAUAGCAGGGUUUAUCUUUUCCAGUCCUUUUCCAUUUUCUCACUCCUCAUCUCACCUUCCUCUCAAGGUUCACAUAGAAGAGAGGACACAUUGAUAUUGGAAAUCUAGCUCUCGAAAGAAAGUAGUAGGAAAAAUAGUUGAACGCCAAAUACAUUAAUGGAACAAUGAUUGAGUUGAACCCCAGUGGCGUCCACUGGGAGAGCACCAACUCAACAUCUUCUCUUACAAAAUGAAAGCCAUAAAAUGUACCAUGACUUGUUUUCUUUCACAAAGACUGCACUUUGUUUGCUUUGGGCUGUUUGGUUUGACUUUGGCAUGAAUAUGAGAGGAGAGUGGCGAUCCACAUUGUGGAUGACCUACAGACUCAGAUAGGAGUCAUGACCGAGCCCGCAACUGAGCUAUGGAGAUGUACACUGUGCCCUUUCAUUGGGAAGCAAUGAGCUCUAAUGUCUUACCUUUUGUCUGAAUAUUGCAAUGCAAUGAGCAUUUUUGUAUUGUUAUCAUUGUGACAUGUUGUCUGGAGUCAUACAUGUAAACUGGCAGCCAGCAGACAGACUUUUCGGUUCUUCCAUCCUUAGGGUGGACUGAGAAAGAGAAAAAGGUGAAAUUUGUUUUCAGGGGUCGACCCUUCAUAUUAAAGGGCCUUUUUUUUUUUUUUGCUUGGGUUAUCUCUGCUUUGGGAACAGGGUACAACACCAGGCAUCGAGAGACAAAAGUUAAAGACUCAUGUAGUUAGUUGUGUGAGGACCAUUAUCAAUGCCAUUACUUCCAGAAGAUGCAGAAGAUGCUGGCCUUGUUGUGUCCUUGUGUCCACCAUUGUGCUCUUUUUUUUGUUGCAGAGCGGAAAUCUUGUUGUUGAGUUAUUUUACGAGUGAGGAACUAUUCCAGGGUCUGUGCUCUCCUUCCUGUUGGUGUGUGUAACAUAUGUGUUCUAAUGUGUGCUCUAAUGUGCGCUCCCCAUGUCGUCGCCACCUGGAGUUACAAAGUGGCCUAAUACAGUACUGGAAAAGCUAACCUUAGAACUUCAUCCAGUGUACUGCAAUCUGGUCUGUCUGUCAAGUAGUAACAAGAUAUUUGAAGCACUCAUCAUCACUUCAUUAUCAUUAUUCACAAAUGGGAGGAAAUAUUCAGUUCUUAUUUUUGGAGCAGGUGUUACAUGUUAGCUGUGUUUAGGCUACUAGCCUUAGCCUUAUUGUGCCCUCAGUCUCUCCUGCAGCACAGAGUGAGACGAGAGGCUAUGAUCUAACUUUUGUCUUGCCAAUAAAGUUAUUUUUGAAUUUCAUUGUCAGACGGACAAAGAGUUUGUAUAGUGAACUGUAGCAAUACCUGGCUCAUUCUGGCUAUUCUUGUUUAUUGCAAUAGGAGAAUGAACAAUACAUGUGUAUGUGAGUAAAUCAUGAUUAUAAAUGUAAUUUAAAAAUGAAAAAUAAACUUUAUGGUCAAUAAUAUUGGUAUCAAGAGACAUCAUGUUGGAGAAAAGUAACUGUCAAUAAAUCAUUAAUCAAA